AUGAGAGAGUCACUUCAAGCAUUCGUCUUUUCGAUGCUCCUGCUUGGGUGCAAUGUUGCUCCCACACACGCUAGAAUCCCAGCAUCUGCUUUCAGAAGUGGGCGGUUGCGUUCCUACAACAAUACGCCUAUAUACAACCCAGGUAUUCAUCAUAGCCAAGGCCCAGAUGCGUUGGGCAACCUCGGGACUCAUAGCCCAAGUGGUAAUGACGUGCCUAGCGUAUCUACUCUAUCCCACGGUGCUGCGAAUGCUGGAUGCCCUUCUCUCACGGGGAACAUCACCGUGGAUGCCUACCAAUUGUACCCGGAGCAUGCUGACUUCAAUGAGGACAACUGUCUGGUCUACCUAAGUGCCCUCUAUAAUAGUACGGUCGCAGUUUACGAUCCUUACAAGGGGGAACUAGUGGAUACUAUACUGCUUCCAGGCCUCUCUGGAGACCCGGUGCUUCACAUGAGUGGCGUGGUGGUGGAUCCGCAAGGCCUACUCUCGGUCAUCGUGGAUGCCGGCGCUGCCUUUGAUACCCAAGGCCAAGAUAUUUCAGGCGACAAUUUCCUGGUGAAAGUUGAUCCCCGUCAUGGCCAGGUCCUUUGGAGAAAGAACCUCACUGAGGUAACGAAUGGCGUCUACGGCGGCUACCAAGACGCUGCCCAUGAUGCUCACGGAAACACCUUUGUGGUGGGAACUUUCCCGGCGAGCAUCAUCAAGGUUGGUCCCAAUGGCUCAACUGCCACUCCUUGGUACUUGCAGCCUCAGCCCAACCAAACGGUAACCGGCCUCUCGGGACUUGCUGCCCGUGGUGACAUCCUGCUUGGUACGGAUGGCUCGGAUGGACAGCUGUACCGUUUUAACAUGACAGAGAGAAUGGGACACAAGGUCCACGUUCCACUAAAGGGCAGCAAUGCGACCAGAAUCGGCAAUAGCCUGGAUGGAAUCCUUCUGCCAAAGCAAUUCAACGGCACAGUGUUGCUGGUCUCUGACACCACUGAUGGAACGGUUGUUCUCCGUUCCGCUGAUGGACUGUGGACUAGUGCGGAGAUGGUGGGAACAGUUCCCAAUGUGUAUGUCUCUCAAGAUGGAUUCUCGGUGGACAACGUGGAGAUUGGCGGCAGCCUCUACUCGGUCACUGAAUUCUUCCUUGACGAGAAGGUUCCGGGGACUCUGGCAGGGAACAGAACGCAGUUUCCCUUGGUUGAUAUCACGCACCAAGUGCUGGAAUUGCUAAAGUAA